CCAUGUCAUUUUUUCGUGGUGUGUGCUCCUUUGAGGAGGCACACAUUCAAAUCCAAACCCAAACAGUGGGAAGUGGGAAGUGGGAAGCUGCUUGUCGAACUUGUCGAGGGGUAUCAUCUCAUUCAGUAUUUUCAAAGUUUUGCCAUUAUGGACCCUGUUCUUCCUUUCCGUAUACUGAGUCCGGGGUCACGGAAACCGAAACUCAAUCAUCGUUUCAACAGUAAGCUAUCUCUGAAGUUGCGAAAGGGUACUAAUGUCGAACACCGUAGCAAAGAAAAUAGGGAUCCUUUACUGAGAGAAGGAAAAAAUCCUAAAACGUCUGGCUUGAGACAUGAGGACUCAGAUUUGAUGACAUCUGAUGAGUCUAAUGACAGCAUGGAACGGUUCAGUCAUCCAAACUCUGUUCUUUCUAUCAACACUCAAGAAUCUACUUUUUCUCUUCCUGUUGCUGAGUCUACAAGGUGUGAGGUUCAGUCUGUGAAAUUAUGCCCAGAGUCAACAAUUGCUACUUUGCACACAGCAAGCAACGGCAGCGAUUCUUCAGCUGCCACAGAAUACUUCACUGCGUAUCCUUUACCAGUGGGCUGUGAUGAGAGUAUUGUGUGCAUAUCAGAUUCAUCACCAGAACCGGACAGGAAAGCAGUUGCUUCAAAGAACAGAGUGUCUGAAUCUGUACUCAUUUCUUCUGAUGAAAGUGACAAUGAGCUCCCAUGUGCUUUACAACAAUUUUCUACAACCAGGAAGAAACUGUGCGAUACUUUAGAUCUUGAAAGUUCGACAAGUGGUUUGGAUCAUUCUGAUGAAGAAGAUAUUGUGAUUCCUCCCAGUGUGAAAAGUGACACUAGUUCAGUUGGGAGUUCCGAUAUCGUCAAAAGACAACCUAAUCAUGAUCUAGUGAUUCCUCCUAGUCCUGACAAAUAUUCUCAAAGUGACAUUAUAUCAGAGGAUAGUUGUAGUGAGAAGGAAUUAUCAAAAGCACCUGAAAGGAGACAAAUGGAACGUCCAGGCUGUUCUGGUGUUAAUGCAGCAUCAUGUGACAAAACAGCAAGUUGCUUACCAUCAUCUGACUGCGGGUUAGAUGAAUCGUCUUGGAAAGAAGACUUUCAUUUGGUCUUGCCAGACUCACAGUCAUUCUGUAACACCAAACAGGCUAAGUUCAUGGAACUUGAUUCCAAGGCAAACAAGCCUGAUUGUGUGAAAAACAUUAUUUCUAAAGAGAAAUAUGAUGAUAUUGCAAGGUGGAUUAUUCGGGGACAGACAUCAUCUGGAGACGGCUCAAAUGAAGAAUCUUCUCCAGUUGAGCAAACUGAAACCACUCCAUCAAUCUGUGACAAUAGGACUCAAGGAUGUCCUAAACUUGACAGGCUUCCUGCUGCAAGGAGGGUCUCCCUCAGUAGUGAUAGUGAAGAUGACAAUUUUCAUGCAUUGAUAGAUUCGGUGAGAAAAAAUCGCAUUAAGAAUCAUGAGAAAAUCAAUGCUAGAGAUGACUCCUUUAAUGACGGUUCAUUUAUUGAUGAUGAUUGCCGAAGUGAUAUGGUUGAGUCCCCAUCUUUCAAUGUUUACCAUUCUGACUUGACUAAGUCAAUCAGGACUGAAGUGAAGUCUGUAAGAAAGACUGUGCAAUCUAUCAAGAAAAAACAGUUUUUCCGCAACUUGUACCAUUCUGAUGAGUUCCAUGAAGAUGAUACAACAGCAUCUUCCAUUAACAAACCAAAGGCCUCUUUCAAAAGUUCAAGAAUAGCCAUUCAAUAUUCAAGUGGUAGUGAGGGUUCAGAAACAGAUUUUGAAAUUUCAACCAAAGGAAGAAAAACUCCUGGUAAUAAAGAAGAUAGAAAGCUGACAAAACAUUAUGAUAAUAAUUGCAGUGAUGACUCAGAAGCUACUUCAGACAGCUCUGGUUUUGUACAGAGAAAGACGGAAGUUGGAUCAUCUUCAACUAGAAAUACCAAAGACAAAAAUAUUGAUUUGAAUGAUUCUGACAUUAAGAUACCCCCAGAGUCACAAGUGUCCAGUUGGAGGAAAGUGGUUAAUCCUCCUUGUAGCAGCUCUGAAAGUUCUGAUUCAAAGUCUUCAAAAACAGACUUGAUUAAAAAACUCACAAAAAAAGAUAAUGUGAAGAAGCCUGCUCAUAUAUCCACAGUAUCCGUGACACCAAAGAAUAUUGCUUCUUUGAAGUCUCCUGGGAGGCCAUAUUCUCCCAUUCGAACAUUUUUGUCUUCAUUGUCAGGGCCAACUCACGAGCCAGGAGUACGUGACCAUCCAGAGGCAGCUGUUUACAACAAAAACUUCAAAGCAAAGAAGGAAGAGCUUACUCGUCGCUUGUUCAAGCUCUUCAACAGAGAGGUGUUUGAUAAAAGGCUUCCUGAUGACAUGCUGCUGGAAUGGAAUGGACGUUUAGUGCGAACUGCUGGGCUGUGUUACUGUAAACUUAUACGAAAAAAUGGAGUGACAACACGGACAUCAAAGAUCUCCUUAUCCACGAAGGUCAUUACAUCCCCGGAUCGUUUGAGAGACACAUUGAUUCAUGAGAUGUGCCAUGCUGCUGUAUGGCUGCUGAAUAACAUCUCCGGUGGACAUGGUCCAUUCUGGAAAUCAUGGGCACAUAAAGCCAUGAAGAGAUUUCCAGAACUUCCGUCAAUUGAGCGGUGUCAUACAUACAAUAUAGAAACAAAAUUCACAUACAAGUGCACCAAAUGUGGUUACAGUUUUGGUCGUCAUUCUAAGUCUUUGGAUUUGGACAAGAAACGUUGUGGUUACUGUUACGGUCGUUUUGAAGUGCUUCUCUCUUCACAAGUCCAAGGCCAAAACAAUCCAGAGAAAGUUAUGAAGACGCCCAGAGCACCAAAUGCUUUUGCUUUGUUUGUGAAAGAAAACUAUGGAACUAUCAAGCAAGGAAAUGCACAUUUGAAACAUGGUGACAUCAUGAAAAAACUUAGUGAAAAUUUUGCAUGUAUGAAGGUAAAAUCAUCCAAUUAAUUUUAUUCUUUGUAAUUUGUUUCCUGCGAUCUCAAGUUAUGCAUGGGAUUGGGACAAGCCAAUCCUCCAAAUCCUGCAUUUCCUUUCAUUUAACAUAGCUCAGUUAUUGUUCCGGUAUAGUAUUUAUCUUACAGUAAAUAUUUUAUGUCUAUUGUGGAUUCUAUUGGUUUUAAAUUUGCUGUUGUGAGACAAGCCUCAGUACAAAUCUAAUCACUUCAGUGCUUUAAGAUUUACUUGCAGGUGGCAAAUUUGUUUUUCUAAUUCAUUUUUUAACUUUUGUUGACAUAUUUUAUGUUUAGUUUUUAUAAAAACUAUCUCUGUUUGAAUUAACUUUAAACAAUUUGUAGUAAUCUGACUGAAAUUAAUAUAAUAUACUUGAUUACAUUUUA